AUGGCCCAACAGGCAACAGCCAACCCCAGCACUCUACUCGGGAUUCAGGCGUUGUUCCAGACUUCAGUUCCCAAAAUCCGCGAUACCCGUCACGGCGUAUCCCCGUUACCCGGCGUACGAUUCCUGCGUCCACGCCGCCGGCCGUCGCUAGCUGCCUAUCGCGAAGGAAGAAGACGCUCCGCCUGCUGGUUGAAUCCCGAUUUCAGGUCGGCAGUCAAGGCAGGCGCCAGGGAAAGGGAAGGAUCCAGGCCUUCAGCUGGCCGGCGCCGGGCGACCCGUCCGCCCCAACGCGACGUCGAGACGCGCCUCCAACGUCUAGCGCAGGCCGACCGCCCCGCCCUUCCGGCCCCUAGUACUGGUCAGCUGUGCUAG